AUGCACCAGCCUACGGUCUCGGGGGCAGCCUACCUUCAGCCCGGCUCCAGGGGCUACAAUGGGGACGCAGAUGCCGCACGCACCGCACCGCAGGCAGCGGCCCUCAAGUCCUCACCGCUGCUAGACAAGAGAUCCUACCUCAAGAUAGACAUGUGGGUGGAGACCCUGAAAUGGUUGAUGGCCGACAAGCGGUUGUUCGAGGUCCUCCUAGAAAGCCUAAACAAAGAGGUUUGA